GCAGUAUCCAGUAUGAGUUCACCAUAUUCUGCUUGGUGUUGGUCAAAGUAUGACAUCAUGUAGUUGUAGCUACUUCGCCUUGUCAUUAAAUUCAAAGCCUUAAUAUGGCAAACUCAACACUAAGUUUUUGAGCACUAGACUAAUUCGCUACCUACUUCUUGAUAAUUGAGUUGUUGUUCAUGUUCUCUGAACCUGAAGAAAAUGGUACGUCGUCUCGAGGGCGCAGAUCAUGCAGAGGCGGCGGAUGAUCGUAGAGAAAACCAGAAACGGCAUCAGCGACUCUUCGACGGCCUCAAACGCCUGUGCAGUUGUGGCGCACUGAAUUGUGAUGCUUUCUCGGCGUUAGUAGGUGCUGCUUUGGAAGAGAAUCCUGAGCCCUAUUGUGAGGAGGUAGAGUCGGUAGAACGAAGGUCUAUGCUGGCUAGUAAGAAAGAAUUAAGGGUUUCGACAUUGCAUUCUUCACUACCAUCCUUCCCUCGUUUUCCAGUAGGAAAAGGGUCAAGGAUGUUCCGAAGAAUGUAACUCCGUAACCGCUAAAAGAAGCGGGAAAAAUAAAGAGCAUCAUGUUGGAGGAGAGUGGCGGCGGCUCUUUGCCGCAGGACAGAGGUGGAACCACGGAUGGGGACCAGACGAAUGAAGGCACAAAAAUUCGUUCGGAGGACUCGACAACUGGGAAAAAAUUCGAACAUCAAGUCGCUAUUGUGGUCGAGAGGGAAAAUGCCAAUAAUGACUCCGCUACUGAUAUUGGUCUCGUCCCUCGUGGUGCCGUUGAACAGAAUAAAAGCUCUCGUCCGCCUCCACCACUAGAAAGAUGUCCUCUACCUCCAGAUAAAGGCAACGGACCAUCAAACAAAACAGGCCAGAAGAAGACCAAAACGAAAUGGGUCCGUGUGAUACCUGUAGUUCCUAGUGAUUGAGACAAGAAGAAAACAUUAUGUUACUACAUUUAUCGUUCUCUUUCCGCAAGUUUUUUCCUAGUGAGGCUGGCUCCACCGAUAUAUUUUAUGCUUCUCUUUACGCAAGAUAAACACACACACAAAGAACUGCCCACCUACCCUCUUCUACGUGAUAUUGAAAAAGAAACCCUAG